AGUACUGGCCUGACUAAAAUAGCAAUAAAUGCUAGGCGUAUUUCCGCAAUUAUUAAAACUCUUAUAGUAAUGAAAGAAAAAACUCACAGAUGGCUAAAUAUGAGUCCGCAGUUGUGAAAAGAGAUAUACGUACUGAUUUUAAUAACUAAUAGUUUAAUGUGAUCUUAUAACCAUGUUUACCAAUGUUAUUACUUAAAUGAAAUAGUCCCAUCUUUGCCUUUGGCCUAGGCCUAUGGCUUAUUGACUUAUUGACACUAAAUUCACUAAUUUCACAAUUUAGUGUGUUUCAGUUUUGAUUGACGCGCUUUGGUCGUGAGGAUUUAAACUCAAAAGUCUAAAACUAUCUAGUCUAUUAUCUAGGAGUUGACUAACCAAAAUUAUAUGAUAAUUUUAAAGGUUAAAACCGGGGCCGUCCCCCCCCCCCACUCCGAAAAUUAUAAUACUUUUUAAUUUUUUAAAAAAGGUCGCCCCAACCACCCCAUCUACCCCCACUCCCUUUCCUACACUAGUUCUAACACAUUGACUUACUCUUAGUAGUAGACCUACUAGCAUUUGUAGUAGUAGAAGUCUUAGUAUUCUUACUAUCUUAGUCUUUACUCUUAGUAGUAACUUAGUGUCUCUAGACACUUGAUGACUUGAUUGAUUACCUUUCAUUAAACUUUUGUAUAGAAAAAGCACUUUAUAAUAAUAUAUUAGCCUGUUAAUAUUGGUUACUAGUGGUAGUAGUGCAACCAGUCAUCGCUACUUUUAGGAUUAACAUUAAUAUCUUUAUUAUAAUUUAAUUAUGGACUCACAUUUUGGUGACUAGAGUGAAACAUAAUCCUAGCACUACCUACUGCUUACUAAUACUAAUAGUAAUAUUACUACAACCACCACAAGUUACUAGUACUACUUCAUCUGGUCAAUUACUACUGUUGCUGCUGCUAGCCUAGUACAGUUACUUGAGAAAGUAGGCCUACUUAACUACAUAGACUAGAACUGGUUAAAACUUUAAGUAAAAUGUAACUCUCUGUCACUGAUAGUAUAAUGAACAGGUUAACAGACUUUUAAUCAGACCAAAUUAGUUUUAGAAAGUUUAGAUUCUUCAUUCCUUAGAACCAAUUGAACAGUUAAAUAUUUUACAUUGUUUAACCUGAAUUACAAAAUAACAAUUGUAUUCUUACCACCAUGAUAAAUGACAAACAUGGAGUUAUAAAUUAUAAAUAAAAGCAACACAUGUAUGUUUGCUCUGUUCCCUUGGUAUCUCAAUACACAAUAAUGAUGAGGUAAAAAAAAAAACCCCACUCAUAAUCUUAUGGUCGGACCAUAAAAUCUUUUCUGACCACUUCUUUUUUUUUUAUUUCAUAGUUAUUUUUGCAAAGCCAGGGGUCAAAAUAAAAUGAUAUAUAAAUCUCCUCUUUGUAUUUUCGGAUUAGAGAGAUUGACAGUGGCCUUUUUUUUCCAGUUCCAGUUACCAGUGAAGAAAUUUCCAUCAAAGCUGAUAACAAGCGACCAUUCAAAGUCUGGAGCUCUGAUCACAGCAUAAAAAAAUCUGUUGUAGUUUCAUCUUUACAAGACCUCAUCUAUUCAGGUCAAUGAUCCUAUUAACAUUUAUUUCCUUUUAUAUGUUUUUUUCCAAAGCAUUUAGAUGGUUACUGGAAAUUUGUUUGAACGGAAGUUUACUUCAAAAAGAUAUAAUGAGAGAAAAGAACAAACAAAUAUAGGGCCUAAAUUUUAUUAAAAAGUUAAAAUUUUCUCCCCUUUUAAUAUCCACCUUCCCUAAAAAUAAUUUUCGCCCAAACGUCUUUCAUACAAAUUUCCAUAUACACAAUUAGAUAGCCCUUAGUAUGUUUUUCUUCAUAAUGAUCUUAAAAUGUUUAAAGACUAGUUCCACUAUGGUUUUAUAGGUUUUAUUGUAAAUGAACAUAAAAAAGUUUCUAAGGUUUUAAUCUCACUCUAUCAAGUUUCUUGUGCAAAUUUUAUUUUAGUUUUUCCAGUUAACCACUAAAAAUAUGUUUAGGUUUGUCAGGAUACAUUUUUAAAGCAGCCAUCUGUCAAGAUCUGUUUCGACACCUCACUUUAAUAACACAUGACACUAAACUUGUCUGUGUCCUAGUCUUCAAAAUUAAUGGUUUAAUUCUUUCUUUUUAUUAAUUUGUUUCAUGUUAUUAAGUAAGCUUUUUACAUCUUUUAUUUUAUGUCACUAAUGUGGAAUUAAAAUGCGUCAUCAGGAUGUGAAAAAUUGAAAAUCUCUCCACCUGUACGUGUAGUCUUGGAAGAUGGGACAGAAGUUGAUGAUGAAGAGUAUUUUUCUUUUCUGCCAGACAAUACAAUUCUAAUUCUUUCUGGUAAGGAUGGUCACAGUUAGAAAGCUCUCUAUAAAAAUAAAAGCACAUUUUUUUGGUCUUUUUAUUAUACCAAUUUGAAUGGUUUUCAUUAUCGGUAGACCUUUAUACAUUGGGUACUGAGAUAUAAAAUGUAUGAGUCCAGACAAAAUUAAAAACAGUUAACAUCAAAUUUUAAAAUUAAAGAAGAAUUUAGCCCUGCAUAUUAUAUCUUUAUUCAUGAUCUUUUUUGAAUGAGACUUUGUUUAAUGUCCAAAGGUAAUUUUUUUUUUUUAAAUUGAUCCAUUAAUAAUUUUUUUAGCUGAUAAAUAACCCAUAAGUCGGACAAUUUAAGUUUGGACAAGGAGGCAAAAGUUGUCUUGGGAGUUCAGGGAGAUGGUUGGUUUGGGGGAAGGGAUGGUAGGGUUUGAUGAGGUCAUUUAGUAUUGAAUUUUGAAUACUAGCUUAAACAAAGUCCAGUUUUCUGGGCAUUCAGUCCUUCAGUAAGUCUUAACAUUCAAGUCUUUACUCCGAGACCUUUUCAGCAUUUACUAUUACAAUUGUCUUUUAAAAAACAAUUGGAAAAAAAUGCCUUAGUGACAUAUAUAGUGUUUUGACUUAAAAAUAAAUAAUUUUUUAAAAUUUAUUGUUAGUCUUUGAUUACAGAUAUUAUAUAAAUCAGUUUCAUAUUUGGGCAUAAUUAAAGAAAAUACUGUCAAACUUUACCUCUAUUGUAACAAGUUGUGGGGAUGGUGGAAGCAGAAGAAGAGGGAAGUUAUUAUUAUCAUAAGCAGAGACACCAUCAAGUAUACUUAAGGUAUACUAAUUCUAAUGAUGGGUUUCUUUAUUCAACGAUCACAUCAAAAAAACUGACACACUCUUGCCGGUUUUUUAAAUACUUUUCGGAUGAAUAAGUCAAUGUCUUGACUUUGACAACAUUUGGGUUUCACUUUCUUUUCAGUUUUGGUCUUAUUGGACUAUAUAGUUUAUUUUAGCAGUUGGUGUGAAGCCUGUGAUUGACCCUUCCUUGGGGAUGCACAAUCGAUGAUCACGCAAGGGCUAAAUGAGUUUGCAAGCUGAUUGUUCUUUGAUAGCAGUGCCUGGUGGUUGUGGGAGUAAUGAAGAUGGAAACAUGUUUUUUUUACCAUCAAAAUUUGACAAACAUUGAAUCUGACAAACCUGGUAGUGUCAAGACCCACAUUCCACUACUGUGUUUUGCACUCUAGCCUAAAAAAGGGGAUAGUGAUAUUUAAUUGUCUAGAAAUUAGUAUAAACACCCGGUGUUUAAAUGUUGCCUUUAAUUUCUAUAGAUACCCGGUAUUUAAAUGUUGCCAUUAAUUUCUAUAGAUACCCGGUAUUUAAAUGUUGCCAUUAAUUUCUAUAGAUACCCGGAAUUCAAAUGGUGGCACACUGCCACAUUUUGAUGACAUAAAUCAAUUGAUCUUUCAGUUUCCAAUGGACGUGAUGAAGUUGAUACUGCCAUAACAUCUGACAGUAUCAACGACCCAAUUCUUCAUUUAGCAAAGAUACUAAGGAAAGAUCUCCAGAAUAUCAUACAUUUUACAGAUGAGGAUCUUCAAGUAAGUCUUUACAUUUAUACGCAUGUCAUUUGGUUUAUUAAAAUAAAAUUUUUUAUAAAAAAUGGCAAUGGUUUGAAAAUAUGCUGGAGGGAUCUUCAGUUGUUCUCAGUAAUUGUUACUGGUCGGUUAUGAAGCCUAGAGUGCAUGCACAUGGUUAAUAUCAAUAUGUUCAGUUUGGUUUUAACGUGUUGGAUGUUUUAUUCAGACAUUUAGAUAUCGGUACUGUGGUAAAUACACAAGUACUAAUGACACUGUUCUUUUCAGCUUUCGCUGCUACACUUUUGAAGAUGUAUAGUGUUAUGUAAUAAAUAAACAUAUUAUUCUAGCAUAUUAUUCUAGCCAUCAACCACUGACUGUUUUCAUCUAAUCAAAACAAAAACCUUUCAAAUUUUAAAAAAAAAAUAUUGCACAAUGUAGAGAGAAAAAAUUUUGUACAGGUAUUCAAAAUUUAGUUAAUGACGUUUUAGACCAUAUGCAUUAAAUUUAUCCAAUUUAUGGGCUCAUUAUCAUUAAUGCUACAACAGAGUUAUUUGAGUCAGUGUUGCCAUGGAAGUAGCAACAGUGAAGCUGUGCUGCAUUACCAGAGAGCUCUUGAAGAUAGAAUAGAAAUAUGUUCUGACCAUCUAACGCCAACAAAGACAGACUGGAUAUGUGAUGACCAUCUAACGUAAAGACAGAAUGGAAAUAUGUGCUGACCAUCUAACGCCAACAACACAAAACCUUUAAAAAAAUUUAUGACAGAGAGUGGCAGUGUUAUAUAUUUUAUAAAAGGAUGCUAUUGAUAUCUGCCUGUUCCCCGAAGGAACUAGUUAUUGUCACCUGUAUUUUAAUAUGCUAAACCCCAGAGGAACAAGUCAAAGGUUACCUGUACUUGAAUAUGCUAACAAACUUUGAAGAGUAGACUUUUGACAAAUUAAAUAAUUCUCAUUGUACAGAGUUUACAUCUUUAUUUUAGCGCCUGGUGGAUGCUGACACAGAACAACUGGCCCAACUUCUUGACUCAUCUAAAUCCAUUGUGUCAUCAAUACAGGAUGGCUGCCAGCGCCACCUAGAUGACAGAGCUCAGACGAAAGAAGCCCUAGAACUUCUUAAGUUGUACCAUGAAGCCAAUCAACAUACACCACAUAUUAAUAAUACAGACAAAAAAAGGAAGUUUGAUGAAAAUGAUAGCUGAAAAUAAAGUAAUUGAACUU